UAACACCCGGGGAUGAAUUUGUUUUCGAUAAACUGGGAAGCGGUGACGCAUCAGACAGCGAUUGGACAUCUUGGUUUCAACUCCUCCCUUAUAAUAAAGAGUGUGUGUGUCUCCUGUUGUAAAACACAGCAACACCGGGCUGCGUCAGGAGGGCACACUCCACUCUGCGCAAUUACGCGGACUCUUACCUGGCACGGUGAUCAGAGAAAAACCAAAAGGCUGAUUUUUUUUUUUCUUCACAAAGGCUGAAAUGGACUUUUAAAAAAAUCAGACCAUCCUGAUAAAUUCGAGGACUUGCUUCGAGCACUUCAAUGCAGUUUACGGUACAACAGCUGUGAAUGUUAUGAUAUGAUUAUUACGCAUGUGCUCUGAGCACAGUUUUGAAUAGUUGUCUUAUAAAUAGACAUUUUUUUUCUUUUUAAAUUGCUUCUUUCUUCUCUAAAAUUGGCUCCCGUACAAACAGCCGCGUUGGAUCCCUCGGCUUAUUGCGAGACUCCGGUUUAUAACCCGGAUCUCUGCCCUAAUAUGAUAGCCGCCCAGGCAAAGUUGGUGUAUCACCUCAACAAAUAUUACAACGAGAAAUGCCAGUCUCGAAAAGCCGCCAUCUCCAAGACCAUCCGGGAGGUGUGCAAGGUGGUAUCGGAUGUCCUGAAGGAGGUCGAGGUGCAGGAGCCCCGCUUCAUCAGCUCUCUCAGCGAGAUGGAUAAUCGUUUCGAGGGACUGGAGGUCAUUUCACCCACCGAGUUCGAGGUUGUGCUCUAUCUGAAUCAGAUGGGAGUAUUCAACUUUGUGGAUGACGGAUCGCUCCCGGGCUGCGCCGUGCUCAAGCUCAGCGACGGCCGAAAGAGAAGCAUGUCUCUCUGGGUUGAAUUCAUCACAGCCUCCGGUUACCUCUCGGCGCGCAAGAUCCGGUCGAGAUUUCAGACACUGGUGGCGCAAGCAGUGGAUAAAUGCAGCUACAGAGAUGUUGUCAAAAUGGUCGCUGACACAAGUGAGGUGAAGUUGCGCAUUAGAGACAGAUAUGUGGUGCAAAUCACGCCGGCGUUCAAGUGCACUGGGAUCUGGCCACGCAGCGCUGCGCACUGGCCUCUCCCUCACAUCCCCUGGCCGGGACCUAACAGAGUGGCAGAAGUGAAAGCGGAAGGUUUCAAUCUUUUAUCCAAAGAGUGCUACUCCCUGAACGGCAAGCAGAGCUCAGCAGAGAGCGACGCCUGGGUCUUGCAGUUCGCCGAGGCCGAGAACCGGCUCCUGCUGGGUGGAUGCAGGAAGAAGUGCUUGUCAGUACUCAAAGCAUUACGCGACCGUCACCUCGAACUGCCCGGACAGCCCCUGAACAACUACCACAUGAAAACUUUGGUUUCCUACGAGUGUGAGAAGCAUCCCAGGGAGUCGGACUGGGAUGAGAACUGUCUCGGCGACCGUCUGAACGGGAUACUAUUGCAGCUUAUUUCGUGUUUGCAGUGCAGAAGGUGCCCGCAUUAUUUCCUGCCCAAUUUAGACCUAUUUCAAGGAAAACCUCACUCUGCUCUAGAGAACGCAGCCAAACAGACUUGGCGACUGGCAAGAGAAAUACUGACCAACCCCAAAAGCUUGGAGAAACUCUGAGGUAAAACAUGUUAGUUCACCUCGUCUUACAAUUUGUGGUAGAGGCCUCAUAAACGGACAGGAAAAAAAUAAAUAAAAAAGCCAACCAAUUUGCAAAGUCUUGUGAAAUGUGACUGUCCUCUGUUGUUAAAUAUGUUUUGGCCUA